CUCCUCCCCAGGUCCCAUCGUUGUGUGACUGUGAAGAGCGAUUACCCUCCCCUUCACAGUAGACCAACAGGGCUCUUAAGUCGACCGCCAACCCCGUCCUUCGACACUUCACAACACAGUCAGUCGACUGUACAGACAUGGGUAACUCUACAGGAUCCACUGUGGAAGAUCUCCAGGCUGUGGAGAAGCACCUCUGGUAUAAGAAGUUCAUGACCGAGUGUCCUUCGGGUCAGCUCACCCUGCAUGAGUUCAAGCAGUUCUUUGGGCUCCGGGGACUGGAUGCUGAAGCCAACGCCUACAUCGAGCAGAUGUUCCGCACGUUCGAUAUGAACAAGGAUGGCUACAUAGACUUUUUGGAGUAUGUGGCUGCUCUAAGCCUGGUGAUGCGGGGUAAAAUGGAACAUAAGCUCCGCUGGUACUUUAAGCUGUAUGAUGUGGACGGCAACGGGUGCAUUGAUCGAAGUGAGCUGCUAAACAUCAUAAAGGCUAUCCGUGCAAUCAAUGGGAAUGAAAACCAGGAAGUUGAUGCAGAGGAGUUCACCAACCGGGUGUUUGAUAAGAUAGAUGUCAACGGAGAUGGGGAGCUGUCUUUGGAGGAGUUUGUGGCAGGGGCUCACACUGACGAAGACUUCAUGGAAGUGAUGAUGAAGACCUUGGAUCUCACCCACAUUGUCGCCAUGAUCCACAAUCGGAGGCACAGUGUUUAGAGUCUGCAGAAGGGCCACAUAGGAACUGAGCCAUGAGCCCUCUCAAAAUUUCAGAUUUGUAUAAAGACCAUUUUUAUCUUAGCAAUGCCGAAGGGCCAUGCUUUAAAUGCAUUAUUUGUUGUCGGAAUUCACAAGAGGUUGAAUGACGAUGAAAAAUGCCCUUUGCCUGCAAACAAAUGACUCAGUCAACCAUCGCUGGCUGGUUAGUGCCCUUGUGCAUGAUCUAAAUCUCUGAGAGGUCUACAUAAUGAGAGAAAGAUCAUCUCUCACACCGUCAGCUGAACCGGAGACCCAACUAGGUCAUAACAUAAGGAGGGUGAAGGAUAAAGAGGGUGGAGGGAGUGGUGGGGUUCUAUUGGUGGAAGUUAUAAUUAAUCUACUUUCCUCCCAGAACAGUCAGCUCAAAUAUGACUACAACCCAAGUUUAUUUUGUGCCAUGAUUAAACGGUCCAGUUCCUCAAGAAACAGGUACUUCCACAAGUUAGGGAUCUUCAAUUUGAUACUUGUCACAAAAUGCACUUAGUAAAAAAAAAACAAGACCAGCAUGUUUUAACAUUGCACUGGCCCAGUUGUGAGGAGAUUAAAGUUAGCAUUUUUAUGACUUCAUUAACUUGAAGGAAUAUCGUAACAGAACUACAUUCUAAUGUUUACCCUACAAGACAGUAAAAUGUAAAAAACAAAAUUGUGCAAAUUUGUUUCUGUGAGUGUGAGACAUGAUGCAUGAAUGAUCACUGCUCUCGCCUAGUGGGCAUUAGAAUGAACUUUAUAUACAGUAGCAGUCAAGUUUGGACACUUACUCAUUCAAGUCUUUUUCUUAAUUUUUUACUAAAACAUAUGGAAUCAUGUUGUAACCCCCCAAAAAGUGUGCAAAUCAAAAAUGUGAUAUUCUUCAAAGUAGCCACCCUUUGACUUGAUGACAGCUAUGCACACUCUUGGUAUUAUUUCAACCAGCUUCAUGAGAUAGUCACCUGGAAUGCAUUUCAACUAACAGAUGUGCCUUGAUUACUUUAUAUAUAUUUUUUUAUUUCUUUCCUUCUUAAUGCGUUUGAGACAAUCACUUGUGUUGUGACAAGGUAGGGGUGGUAUACAGAAGAUGGUCUUUUACCAAAUAGGGCUAAGUCCAUAUUACGGCAACAAUAGCUCAAAUAAGCAAAGAAAAAUGACAAUCCAUCAUUACUAUUAAGACACGAAGGUCAGUCAAUACAGAACAUUUCUAGAACUUUGAAAGUGUCUUCAAGUGCAGUCGCAAAAUCCAUCAAACGCUAUGAUGGAAGUGGCUCUCAUGGGGACCAUCACAGGAAAGGAAGACCCAGAGAUGCCUCUGCUGCAGAGGAAAAGUUAAUUUGAGUUACUAGCCUCAGAAAUUGCAGCCCAAAUAAAUGCUUCAAAGUUCAAGUAACAGACACAUCUCAACAUCAACUGUUCAGAGGAGGCUGCGUGAAUCAGCCCUUCAUGGUCGAAUCGCAGCAAAGAAACAACUACUAAAGGACACCAAUAAGAGGAAACUGGCUUGGGAAACAUAAGCAAUGAACAUUAGACAAGCGAAAAUCUAUCACCUUGGUCCGAUGAGUCCAAAUUUGAGAUGUUUGGUUCCAACCACUGUCUUUGUGAGACACAGAGUAGGUGAACGGAUGAUCUCCGGAUGUGUGGUUCCCACCGUGAAGCAUGGAAGAGGUGAUGUGAUGGUGUGGGGGGGGUCCUUUGCUGGUGACACUGUUGGUAAUUUAUUUAGAAUUCAAGGCACACUUAACCAGCAUAGCUACCACAGCGUUCUGCAGCGAUACUCCAUAUCUGGUUUGCGCUUAGUGGGACUAUCAUUUGUUAUUCAACAGGACAAUGACCCAACACACCUCCAGACUGUGUCAGGGCUAUUUGACCAAGAAGGAGAGUGAUGCAUCAGAUGACCUGGCCUCCACAAUCACCCGACCUCAACUCAAUUGAGAUGGUUUGGGAUGAGUUGGACCAGAGUGAAAGAAAAGCAGCCAACAAGUCCAACAAUAUUUUCAUCACACUCCCAAAGCUUUAAUUGCUCGCUAUUGUUUUAGAAAUCAAAAUGCCUAACAGACAUUACAGUCUCUGUGGCGUAAUGAGGGAGACAGGGAGGUGAGUCACAAGACAGACCGUGCCAAUAUGGUUUCCAUGACAACCAGGGCCCAUUUCCAUGGUAACACACAUCCAUAAAGCACUACAAAAAGGUUGAUAUAUAGAAAACACCCAAACCAAAUAAAAAGGAGUUGAGGUCACAGUCAGUCAGGGUGAGGACCUAAAACCACCAAAACUCCCCUUGUGGAUCUGACUGUACUGGCUUUACCUCUGCAGACAGGCAGGACAGACUGCAUUGUGCUGUGCUGGACAAAGGCCUUUAAUCAUCUCUAAAAUACAGCCGCAGCUUGCAGGCACAUCCCAAAGCUGGUUCAAGAGGAGGCCAUUGUCAUCACCAUUGUUACGGGAUUCACUGGGGCAGGAAUGGCUAGUGACAAAUAAACAAGUACCCAGGAACAUGGCACCCGUCAUCCCAGAAAGCAUUAAUAAUCUACAACUGCUGCCCAUAACACACCACUAACCACAUAUACUAAAUCAAUGCACCACUGUUAUAAGGAAGGAUGAGAACCAUCAUGGAGAGCUGAUCAUUUUACAUUUUAGUUAUUUAGCAGACACUCUUUAUCCAGAGCUUCUUACAGUAGCGAGUGCAUACAUUUUCAUACUGGUUCCCCGUGGGAAUUGAAUGCACAACCCUGGUGUUGCAAGCACAAUGCUCAACCAACUGAGCUAAGUCGCUCUGGAUAAGAGCGUCUGCUAAAUGACUUAAAUGUAAUGUAAUGUACACAGGACCAAUGAGACAAGUGGACUGCUACUACCUACUGCUUUAGCUCAGAACCCUCCCACAUAUAAUUUAAAGAGAAUCUGAGAGACUACGUAGUACAUGGGCUUUGACCAUUAUAGAAUUUUGGGAAAUGAUUAAUUGUCAUGAAAACGGUCAUGGAUAUUGUCAGUCAUUUUUGUUGAAAAAUAUUUUGCGCUUUUAAUGUAUUAUACUGAAUCUUUGAAAAUAGCCAUGACAUAACUAAUGAAUACAACACUGUUUUGGUGACAACCGUGUCUCAAAAAUGAAUGGGUUUGACCUCUUAGAACAUUUGGAAAGAAAGUUUCUCCUCUCGACCAUGCCGUUCUGCUCGUAAAACGAUGACCAACUUUACUCAUGUAAAAAAGAAAAAUUGCUAUUGAGUAAACUUGUCUAUAUCUACUAAAUAAAGUGGAACCACCCCUCCCCCUCCUAAAAUGAAGGUUUCAAGAAGAAUUAACAUUUUUGUUCACAGUUAUUGCUCAUAAUUUUCAUUUACAUUAUUAUUUUGCCAACCUUAUUUCAUACUAUCAGCACAGCCAUUUACGCCAACGAAGCAAUUUGACUUCAUGGGAACGCAAGAUCUAGAAUCAAAGAGAAGGAAACCUAGAAAUAAACUCAGCAAAAAAAGAAACGUCCUCCGUGUCAGCUGCAUUUAUUUUCAGCAAACUUAACAUGUGUAUAUAUUUAGUAUGAACAUAAGAUUCAACAACAGACAUAAACUGAACAAGUUCCCCAGACAUGUGACUAACAGAAAUGGAACAAUGUGUCCCUGAA